UCAGCUUUGAUUUGUGCAGCUAGGUCAAAUGGCAUUCAUUUCUGGUAAUACUUUAAUAAUAAUAAUUGAUUACCACUAGAACCUAACUCAGCAACCCGAUUUGAUAUAUUUUUCAUCGGUGAGAAGAAGUAUACAGUAAAAAAAUGGCGAUGAUGAAGAAGAGAUUUGAAGGAAAAGUUGCUAUAGUUACAGCUUCAACACAAGGGAUUGGUUUCAGCAUAGCGGAACGACUUGGUUUAGAGGGAGCUUCUAUUGUCAUCUCAUCUCGCAAACAGAAAAACGUAGAUGAAGCUGUAGAGAAGCUAAAAUCUAAAGGAAUUGAGGUUUUUGGGGUUGUUUGUCAUGUAUCAAAUGCUCAACAUAGGAAGAAUCUCAUAGACCAAACUAUUCAGAAAUACGGUAAAAUCAAUGUUGUUGUAUCCAACGCUGCUGCCAAUCCAUCUGUAGAUCCCAUUUUGGAAACUAAAGAAAGCAUUCUUGAUAAGCUCUGGGAGAUCAAUGUCAAGGCAUCUAUACUUAUCUUACAGGAUGCAGCACCUCAUUUGGAGAAAGGAUCUUCGGUUGUGUUUAUUUCUUCUAUUACAGCUUAUCAGCCAUCUGCAUCGAUGGGAAUGUAUGGGGUCACCAAAACUGCUCUUCUAGGUCUCACUAAGGCCCUUGCAAUCGAGAUGUCCCCGGAUACCCGAGUGAACACUGUUGCUCCAGGAUUUGUACCCACACACUUUGCCGACUUUCUUACCAAAGAUGAAAACGUGAGGAAAGAAAUUGAGCAGAGGACCCUGCUAAAUAGGCUCGGAACAACAGAAGACAUGGCUUCUGCAACCGCUUUUCUGGCAUCCGAUGAUGCUUCUUACAUUACAGGUGAGACCCUGGUAGUGGCAGGUGGAAUGCCUUCAAGACUUUAGGAGUUUAUUGAAAUUUGAACUUCAUUAGGAUCUCGCUCUGAGUUGCAAAGUCUCUUAUUCUCUUGUUUGUACAUCAAGUUCCAGCUAAAUAAAUGAAUCCACUAUUUGAUAAUGCGUCAACAAAAUUAUUCCACAAAUCAGAGAUAAAGUAAUUGAGUGAAGUUCAUUUAUAUA